GGCCGCUUUCCUCUCCUGUCGCUGUAUGACGUUUUAACUGACAACGACAAACUUUCAACUCAAGUUCAUAUGGUUCGUACACCCCAGCCCAAAACUCAGAUUCAAAUGCGAAAGAAGACGAGAAACGAAGAAACAGAGGAAGAAAGGGAUCUUAACGUUCGUCUUAUUUCAUCAUUGGAUUUGAUCUGCCCUCCCGCCCCCGGGAUCAAAAGGUACGUAUCACCAUGUCCCAUUCUUCAUUUCUCAAUCCGUUUCCUCCUCUUUCUCUUGUAAGAUUUAGAUUUUAGACGUACCUGGAUUUUCUGUUUUCCAUUUCUGUGAAUUGGGUUUGCCUUCAUUUCCCUGUCGGUUCGAGCUACCGUCUCCGGGUGGUCUUCCCUGGAAUUGAAAUGUCGCCGGGGAUGUAAUUCGACAGGGGAAUGUUUGGUUCAGUUCCAAUCCGUUCUCUUUGCGCCUGCUGCUGUAAAGGUGGAAACUUUACGGAAUACCGACUGGUUAUUACGCCAGAGAUGCAUGUUCAUGACCUCUUUACUAGGUUAUUAAGGGGCUAAAUUUUGUUAUUCUGGUGUUGUUGGUUUCCAGUUCUUGUCUCUGGGUGGUCUUCCCAGGAAUAUGAAAUGUCGCCGGGGAUGUAUUUGGAAACCGUUAGUCGGUUUGAAUGCACGCAAAUUCGACUGGGGAAUGUUUGGUUCAGCUUCCAAUCUUCGCUCUUUGUCCCAGGCUUUUGUAAAGGUGGAAACUUUACAGAAUGCUGAUGGUUAUUAGGCUGGUGAUGCAUGUUCAUGAGCUCUUUUAAUUAGGUUAUGAUUUGUUGAAAUGAAAAGGGGGCUAAACAUGUUCAUCUGGUAACUUUGGUGAUAUCGUUGGAGAUUGCUUGCAGGCUUGCGGUUCUUUCAAAUCCAUUGUGAAAGUAAGGGAAGAUUUGCUGGUGUUGAUGGUUUUCUGGCCUUCCUCUGCAUUGGAUUUGGCAUUUGGUUGUUUAUUUGUUCAGAGGGUUCAUAAUUGACUUCUGAAUAAUGAAUAUGUACACAACUUGAGCCCCUUCUCUUUUUGGUGGUAUCCCAAUACCAAUAUCAAACUUAUUGUUAAGUUCUUUAGGUAUGAUGAUUGGGGAUUUCCCAACUGGUGGGAGUUGGAAAUGAUUUGUCACAUGAGAAACCUUAAAAUUUGAUUGCUACUUCUUUAUUCUUCUUUGAUCAUAGAAGUUUGUUGUAAACCAUGAGCCACUUGCUAAUCUAUUGUUGUGUUCUUGAAUGCACCAGUAACUCGUUGCGUAGGAUCAGGAGAUCGCAGAAGGCACAUAUGCUACCAUGGAGUCUGAGAGGGAAGAUUUCAACCUCUCAGGACCCUUGCACUUGACUUUUGUUGAUUGGUCUAAUGCACAUCAUCGAAGAUCCGUCGCAGCCAGUUUAGUCCAAGCCGUCUACAUCCUAGAGCGAGACCGCCAGCUCAAACGCCAGCAUCCAAUCGCACUUGCACCGCCAUGGUGGGAGUUUUUCCACUUCAAGUUGCUCCGCAAGCUGGUAGACGAUGCUGAUCACUGCAUCUUUGGAGCCAUCUACGAGUACAGACCACCAACCCCUCAUGGUCACCAGUCCCUCGAUGCAAGCCCACGUUACGUGAUCGCCUUCCGUGGAACCUUAACCAAGCCCGAUUCUUUCGCACGAGACAUCGAGCUUGACCUCCACAUCAUCAGGAACGGGCUCCACGAGACCUCCCGCUUCGAGAUAGCAAUCCAGGCAGUACGCAACAUGGUGGCAGCAGUAGGCGACUCCAACGUCUGGCUGGCUGGACACUCUCUGGGAGCAGCCAUGGCAAUGCUGGCAGGGAAAACCAUGGCCAAGAAUGGAACUUUCAUACCGGCAUUUCUCUUUAACUCGCCAUUCUUCUCCGCCCCCAUCGAGAGGAUCAAAGACAAGCGAGUGAAGCAUGGGAUUCGGAUUGCUGGCAGCGUGAUCACAGCCGGGCUCGCAUUUGCUUCCAAGAGGAACUACAGCAGCCAGCAGGCGUGCAGUCGGUCUGUGGCUGAUCCUUUUGUAGCUCUCUCGUCGUGGGUGCCUUGCGUGUUCGUCAAUCCAGGGGACCCGAUAUGCUCGGAGUACGUGGGGUACUUUGAGCAUAGGAAGAAGAUGGAUGAGAUUGGGAUUGGAGCGAUCGAGAAGCUGGCGACUCAGAACACAUUGGGCGGGCUGCUGAUGAGUGCAAUGGGGAGGGAUUCGGAGCCGUUGCACCUCAUCCCUUCAGCAGUCCUGGCUGUGAAUUUGAGCCCUGCGCAGGAUUUCAAGGAAGCUCACGGGAUUCACCAGUGGUGGAGGCCCGAUUUACAGCUGCAAUCCAACAUUUACAAGUACAAAUAGACUUUGCUGGUUGUCACACAGGCCUGCCGGUCAUCUCCCCUGUAGAAGAACUUAUGUCACAUUCGAUUCUUUAUUUAUUUAUUUUUUUUGCUGUUCUUGCCCAUAUUUAAUUUGAUGGAUCAUAUGUCAUGUGAUCGAUAACGGUUGAAUUCAUUUUGUGUCUAAUGGUUUUGAAUCAUACAAUAUGGGCAAUCCAAUGACAUAAGUAAACAUUUCGAAAUCCUGGUUUAAGAAGAUGUAAAUUUGAAUCAUAAAACUAUCCUUUGAAGAACUGCAUCCGUUUCUCCCAAAAAAAAAAAAAAGAAAAAAAAAAGACCGAAUGGCUGAUUUGUGGGACUAAUUUGCACUUAAUUAAGAUCUGUGAUUUUAAUAUUGGUAAAAAUAGCCAUGGCUGAGUGUUCAAAAUUGGCGAAAAAAAUUUAAAAUAAUCGACAAAAAUCUUUGAUGUAGCCUAUAAAAUAGGUGAUAAAUAGCCUUUAAAAAAAUCGGUCUUCAAAAUCCGUGAAUAAUAACAUUGAAAAUAAUCUACCAAAAUUUGAGAUAGAUAGCCUUCAAAAUCGAUAAAAAAUACAAUUUCCAAAAAUCGGCCAAAAUCUGUGAUCGAUAGCCUUCAAAUUGGUGAAUAAUAGCAAUAAAAAUUGUCAAAGAUAGCUAAGGGAUAGCCUUCAAAAUCGGUGACUAAUUGCAUUCAAAAGAAUUGGCCAAAAUAUGUGCUGGAUAGCCUACAAAAUUGGUGAUAAAUAUCAUUUCGAAAAAUCGGACCGAAGUUGUGAUGGAUAGGCUUCAAAAUGGGUGAUAAUAGCAUUAAAAAAAAGUUGGCCAAGAAUCGGUGAAAUGUAGUAUUUCCAAAAAUCGGCCAGAAUCUGUGAUGGACAGCCUUCAAUAUUGGUGAAUAAUACUAUUCAAAAAAUUUGACCAAAAUUUGAGAUGGAUAUCCUUCAAAAUAAAUGACAAAUAACAUUCCAGAAAUCUGGCCAAAAUUUGUGAUUGACAACCUUCAAAAUUGGUGAAUAAUAAUAAAAAAAUUGGCCAAAAUUUCUAAUGGAUAGCCUUCAAAACCGGUGAAUAAUAGCAUUCAAAAUAGUAGGCAAAAUUUUUGGAUGGAUAGCCUACAAAAUUGGUGAUAAAUAGCAUUCCCAAAAAUCGGACAAAAUAUGUGAUGAAUAGCCUUCAAAAUUAUUGAAUAAUAGCUUUCAAAAGAAUCGACCAAAAUAUGUGAAGGAUAGCCUUCACAAUCGACUUACAAAAGCAUUUCCAAAAAUCGGCAAAAAUUUGUGACAGAUAAGCUUCAAAUCCGUGAAACAUAGCAUCUUCAAAAAUCGGAAAAAAUCUGUGAUAGAUAGCCUACAAAAUCGGUGAAACAUAGCAUUCUCAAAAAUCAGCCAAAAUCUGUGAUGGAUAGCCUUAAAAAUUGGUGAAUAGUAGUAUUGAAAACAAUCAUCCAAAAUAUGUUAUAGACAACCUUCAAAAUUGGUAAAUAAUAAAAUUUAAAAGAAUCGGGCAAAAUCUGUGAUGGGUAACCUUCAAAAUCGGUGAAAAAUAGCAUUCCCAAAAAUCAGCAAAAAUCUGUGAUGGAUAGCCUUCAAAAUUAGUUAAUAAUAGCAUUCAAAAGAAUCGGUGCUUAAUGGACUUAAUCAUCUUUGAAGGGUAGCCUCACGCCGAAUCCGUGAUAUGUAACCUUCAAAAUCCAAAGAACAUGGUCUUUCGUCGCCCAAAAAACUACGAAAAUGCCAUCCAAAAAUAAAUUGGUCCAAAUCGG